CAUCGGCCAAUAGGAGCAGAGUUGCUUGUAUGGGCGGGUCUUCGAGCCUGCAGCACCGAGGAGGCUCUGGGUACGUCUGCUAUCAAUAAAGUCACAUAGGAUGGAAGAUAUGCGAAUGCUGGGCUUUUUGGAGAUUGUGCCUGGACACUUUCAACAGGCGUCAGUUUAGCAAACUGUCGGCUAUCUGCGCUGAGGGCCUGAUGUCCCCAGUGGUUCCACAAUCCCUUUGAACAUCAGGUGUGAUGGAUCCAAGUGUGCGGUGAGCCCUCCAAUGGGCUGACCGAAGCGCCACUAUAAUCCUCAGAAAUCCAGGAAUUAGCCGCUCCCUGCUCGUCGCCAACCACCAGAAAACCUGGGAAAUAUGGGAAUGGGUUCACGUGCCAGCAGCUGUGGAUUUUAGGCCGAGCAGAGGGAGAAUUCUAGUUCCAUGUGUGGAGACGUCGCCGCUCCAUUCCAAUGCUAUGAGACUCCUGGACGGACAGUGACUGACCGCAGCGGGACCGAGAGUGGAAGAGCAGCCAGGCGGUGAAACAGAGUCGGCAACAUGAAGGAGAAAUCUAAAAACGCUGCCCGGACUCGGCGGGAAAAGGAGAAUAGUGAAUUUUAUGAACUGGCUAAACUAUUGCCCCUUCCGUCCGCUAUCACCUCCCAGCUGGAUAAAGCCUCAAUCAUCCGACUGACAACAAGCUACCUGAAAAUGAGAAUAGUCUUUCCUGAAGGUCUUGGGGAGUCCUGGGGUCAUGUAAGCCGCAGCACUUUGGAUGGAGUCACCCAAGAGCUAGGCUCCCAUCUCUUACAGACAUUAGAUGGCUUCAUUUUUGUGGUUGCUCCAGAUGGGAAAAUAAUGUACAUAUCAGAAACGGCAUCAGUCCACUUGGGCCUGUCGCAGGUAGAGUUGACGGGAAACAGCAUUUAUGAAUACAUCCAUCCAGCAGACCAUGAUGAAAUGACAGCCGUCCUCACUGCACACCAGCCUUACCAUUCACACUUUGUUCACGAAUAUGAGAUGCAGCGCUCCUUCUUUCUGAGAAUGAAAUGUGUCCUCGCUAAAAGAAAUGCUGGUCUUACCUGCGGAGGCUACAAGGUGAUCCACUGUAGUGGCUACCUGAAGAUCCGUCAGUACAGCCUGGACAUGUCUCCGUUUGACGGCUGCUAUCAGAACGUGGGGCUGGUGGCUGUCGGCCACUCGUUGCCACCCAGCGCUGUCACCGACAUCAAACUGCACAGCAACAUGUUCAUGUUCAGGGCCAGCCUGGACAUGAAGCUCAUCUUCCUCGACUCGCGGGUUGCAGAGCUGACAGGCUACGAGCCUCAGGAUCUAAUUGAGAAGACUCUCUAUCAUCAUGUCCACAGCUGUGACUCCUUCCACCUGCGAUGUGCUCAUCACUUGUGUGAGUUAGUGCUGGUGAAAGGUCAGGUCACCACAAAGUAUUACCGUUUCUUGGCCAAGCCUGGUGGCUGGGUCUGGGUUCAGAGUUAUGCAACCAUUGUACACAACAGCCGCUCAUCCCGACCUCACUGCAUCGUCAGUGUCAACUAUGUUCUCACGGAGACAGAGUACAAGGGCCUCCAGCUUUCUCUGGACCAGACCACAUCCAAGGCCUCUUUCCCGUACAACAGCAGCAGCACCGCCGGCAGCCUUACGGAGAACUGCAGAACUCCCAAGAGCAGAGUAUCCCGGCCCAAGACCAAAGCUAGACUCUCGCCAUACACACAGUAUCCUAGUUUCCAGACGGAGCGAUCCGAGUCGGACCAGGACAGUCCGUGGGGCAGCAGCCCCCUCACUGACUCAGCCUCCCCUCAGCUGCUGGAGCAGGGCGAAGGCCUGGACGCGUCCUGUGUGUACAGGCAGUUCCCCGAUCCCCGCCCGCGCUGCUACAGCUUGUCUGACGAGCACCAUCACGCCACCAGCGACGGCUACACACACCUCCAUGGUCAAGGACAGAGUUGUGAGCGUGGUCGAUGUGAGGCGGGGCGUUAUUUUCUCGGAGCACCUCCGACCGGCAGGGAGGCGUGGUGGGGCACCGCCCGGUCCGUCCUACCAUUGAGCAAGAGCUCCUUGGAGAACCACGAUGGAUAUGACAGCAGCGCGCCGCACAUCACAGCCAUCCACAGCUACAACGGCCGGGGCCACUGGGACGAGGACAGCGUGGUCAGCUCUCCAGACGGAGGCUCAGCCAGUGACUCGGGAGAUCGCUACCAAGCUGACCACUACCGCUGUAGCCCGCAGGAACCCAGCAAGAUCGAGACGCUGAUCCGUGCCACGCAGCAGAUGAUCAAGGAAGAAGAAAGUCGACUUCAGCUGCGCAAGGGCCCUCCGGAUGCCCCACUGGGGCCGGCCAAUGGGCUUCCCAAGGGCCCCGGUCCGUGCUUCACUCCCGAGUAUACUCAAGGGCCGCUGCCGCUGCAGACGGUGGUGUGUCGAGGUCCGAGUCAGGCCAUCAGCCCCGCGCCCAGUCCCGCCCCCCUGUCCAGGCUCAGCAGUCCAGGUCCCGAGCGCCUCCACAAGCCCAAAGACUACCUCCAAACAGACCUGUCCCCCUUCUCUUUGCCAUUACACCAUCCGUUUGUGCGGCCGGGUCCGUGCUCGGCUUCACCCGCCUCGGCCCCGGCCCUCUACCCCUCCCACACCCACCCGCGGCCCUACUUGGACAAGCAUAAAGCCUACUCCCUGACAGGCUACGCUCUGGAGCACCUCUAUGACCAAGAGAGCCUGCGGGGCUACUGCGCCUCGGCCAACACGGGCCCCGCCCACUACGAUGUGACCCCUCACCUCCGCAUGCCAUCAGAGCAGACCCCCGGACACAAAGGCACCUCUGUGAUUAUCAGCAGUGGGAGCUAACGCUCAUCUAACACACGCAGGACGCCCAGGUCACACAGCCUGAGCUCCAACAAUAAGCCAUCGUUAUUCCGGGUCCUGUUUUUCCAUCAUACCGAUCACUUUCUUCAAAUUGUUGCUUCAUUACACAUAGAGCUACAUUUAGGGCUGGGUAUCAUUCAAAAAUGUUCAAUACUGGUUGUUACGUCCCUACGGCGGAGGACGGUAACAAUUAAAUAAGGCCAAGGGAAAGGCGAAAACAUUUCAAGACGAAUCCAAUUAUUUAUUGUUAAACUCACAAAACUUAAAGUGGUCUCCUAAAAAGGAAGACGAAUUAAUCGCAAAAUGUAAACUAAAGAGCAAGGUUUUAAACACACAACUAAACUCCAUUAACACAGCCGAUAAGAGGAUAAUACCGCUCUCUCUGGCUCACACUGGCUCUGGCUUCCACUGUAGGCCUCCACUUUUGCCACAGGCUCAGCACAGCCAUUUAACGCCAUUUUAAUCGUUACAGCUACUGCGGGGUUAUGUCACCCACAGCAGCACACCUGGAGGGAAUCGCACACGAGUAGAGAACAACAAAACACGGCACGUAGCACCGGUACCAAUACCAAUACCAUAUCUUUGAUACCUGUUCCUGAUCGCUACUUUUGAAUAGCAAUUUUAUAAAUUCCAUUCAAACAAUCAAUUACAACGUUACACUAAUCUUUUAUUUUUCAGCUCCGUCUCUGUGUUUAACAUAGUUUUUCCUGCGUGUCCCUACGAAAUUUACUCCUUGGGUAUUGAAAUUGGGCAUUGAAUGACGAGCCUUUUUUUGUUAGAGAUAGCUUUUUGCUGUCUCUUGUAGCUAAUGUGGCAGAGGGGUAAGCAAGAUAGAGAGACUGUAGAGAGAGAGCACCCAGCGGCGUAACAACAAAGCAGUGACUCAGCGAAAUAAAGCGCGUUUUCGCCGACUCAUCACUAGAAAUGCAACUGUAGCAAGCAUCUCACUAUCACCAACGUUAUCCACAUUUAUA